GCCAAUGUGUACAGGUAAGGGAUACAAAGGUAAUGCCUCUUUCUUACAUUUCUUCCUCAUCUUCGUGAAAAAAUAAUCUGAAAUGCCGGACACAAAGACUAGAGAGAAAGGAUCUCGUCGAGCUGUAUUCUUGGCAACGUUUAUACCAAUCACAAUUGUGGUCAUUUUUCUCGUUCUGUGGAGACCGAUGUUGCUCCCGUACUUCUUCCGGUACGCAAAGUUGACAAUUUCUGAAUAUGUGAAUGACAAACAGAGGUUUUUGGACAACAAACUAGAGAUUGCACUGAAAGAAUGGAGAAUGUAUCAACUGGAACGCCAAUUUGGACAAGAAUGGUGCAAAAAGAAAGUAAAACUACGAAGUGACGUGACGUGGUUGACUGCGAUGGUAAACGACGAUUUCGCCGUUCCUGCUUUGGUUUUAGGUCACUCUAUUCGCACUUUUUCUUGUCAACAUAACAUGAUUGCGUUUGUUUCAAACGGGGUGAGUGCGGGUGCACGAAAAGCCCUUGCGAGUGUUGGCUGGGACACUCGUUUGGUUGAAGGAAUGGAUUGUGACUGGCUUGAUGCAAAAUUGGGUAGUAAGCGAAAUACUGGAUUUUUUGCCAGACCAGGAGGUAGCAGAAUCAAGGGAACACACACUCGCUUCCACGCAUGGAAUUACACUGAAUAUUCUAAAAUUAUUUAUGUCGAUGCUGAUUAUAUGCUCACGACAAACAUUGACAGAUUGUUUGAUAUUCCUGAUGAUUUUGCUGCUGCUCCUGGUUCCAGACCGGGGGUACUGGAUCCGUGUUUCAAUGCAGGGCUUCUUGUAUUUAGACCAGGCACCAAGUUUUAUCAGGAAAUCAUGGACCUGUGGUGGGAAACAACAAAAAAAGACACUUGUCCAAACGAUCAGGUGUUGCUGUGGCAUUAUUAUGCAGAUGCUGGCAACUGGAAAGCUCUCCCUUAUGCAUUCAACAUCAGACGCAUAAUCUACAGGCCCUUGAAUUCAUUUCAUUUUGCCUGCUGUGUUCCUCCCAAACCAUGGUCUGCAGAGUGUAGACCAAGUAGAAAAGAAGCGGAGGCAUAUGAUGGACCAAUUUUGGUCCCUGAUGAUAUGUCGUUAGUUUUCUGGAAGAAUCUUUAUGAACUGUUAAAGAUAAAUAAUUUAGAUGGCUGGUGGAGAACAACAAAGUUCUUCCAAGCAGCUCAAGAAUUUAGUGCUAUGACUUUCUCUGACUGCCGGAAACAAAAAUCAUAAAUGUUUUGUGGAAUAAUUUACAGGAUCAACUCAGUUGAUAAAAACCAAAAUUACCUUGUCACUCCCAUUGACACAGCACAACAGUGUUUCUUACCCCCUUGAUCGUGUUAUAUUGGCUGUUUUUGAAGGAGCUGGCUAACUGGUAUGCAAAAAGUAAUCUUACAUGUUCCAAAGUUGUUCUGUUAGAUUGUUGAUUGUACAGCUGUAUAUGGUAUACACCUGAGAAAUCUCCCAUUCAUGUAUAUAACUUCAUUGCAUGCCAUUUGCCUUGUAUCUAGCACCUAGAAUACAUUUUUUUUUUAUUUAUAAUUUUUUAUUUUCCACCACUUGGCCAACUCCUGUUCUAUUAUCUGCUGGUUGCAUUCCUCAUUUUAUUCUGACAUUUCCUUUAGAAACAGAAAAAUUGUUCUGGAUAUUUAUAUCUGUUAUAAGUUUGAUGUAAAUAGUAUUUUUAUCUUGAUCAGUUCCUUACUCAGAGGUCUUUCUCAGUUUCCUUAGAAGUCAUUUAUUCACAUCAACAGCACUCCAAAUUGGGAUUGUUUUUUUAGUGGCUAAGGGACUAGAGAAAUUUUUAGGCGACAUUUUGCUGUGUAAUUUGUUAAUCUGGUAACCUGUUUUUGACGGUUAUGUAACAAGUUGUAAUUUUCUUCAAACUUACCUCUAUAGUAUGAAGUUAAAGGGAAAUAAACAUUUUUAUUAAAUUGUU